AUAUUUGUAUGAAUCAUGAAUCCUCGAUAACUGAAUUGAACAAUUGAAUUUUUUUGUUUUAUUUUUUGAGAGGAUAAUUUAACUUGGCCGUAUUUCCAAGAUGUGACUAUAGAAAAAUGAAUACUGUCGCGGUCAAUAAGAAAAUUAUUAUUUCUACUACACUCCGUACAAUCACAUCGUACCUUCUUCCCUGCGCGUGCGAAGGCUCCAAACGUUGAAUUGGUCGCUUGCUACUGCCAGUACACUACACUACACCUUCAUACAAGCCAGAAAAAGAUCUGGCUCAUAUUUAUUAAUUCGCAGCUAACAUUGAAGUCUAUUCUCAGUCAAAUAGUAUGAUCUGCGGACAUCAUAAAUUUCAAUGUCUCUAAACAGAAGAUCUUUAAGAAAAUUCCAAGCACUCACCACUUCAUCUAGAAAUACAGUCGCGAUGUCUUCAGGCGUCACCCAUAACUUUGGAUCGCAUACACAUACACAUUCGCAUUCGCAUACGCAUACUCAGUCCAACGUCAGUGGCAGAAAACGAGCACGAGAAUCUGCUGAUAGCGACGAUCAUCUACUAUCCAAAGCGAAGAAAACAAAGCUCGCCAUUGAGAUCCCCCCUCCAAAAUUAAAAUCGCUUCCACCACGAAAACGAUCCGGCGUUAUCAAAUCGAACGCGAAUCCCGACCUGAACUCUGCGAACUCCGUGCAACAACAUCUACAAAUAGCAACACCAGCAGAUGUGCGAACAGCACAUCCGCCAUCCGAGAAAGAAGAUCAACAACCACAACCACAACAAAAACCGACAAAACACCACAAUAAACUUGCCAAUGGCAUCAAGCACGAGCUGGAUAGGUUACAGGACAAGCUACUGCAAGCUGACAAGUCCGACUUGAAGGACGAAAGGCGGAAGCUUCGAUCCCAGGAAGGCACAAAAUUUAAGAGCGAAUUGUCGGCGUAUUUCCCAGAAUAUGACGAAAUUAUUGGAAAUGUUCCAAAAGAAGAACGUAAGUUUUGCAAUGAAAUUGGACUUCGAACUAUAGCUUAUUCUCCUUUUUAGAUUUCUUAGAUGCCGACACGCCUAUUAUUAUCAUCGAUAGCUCCAAGCUUUCCUCGAAAACUCCGCGUUCCCCCAAGAAGAAGGAGCAAAAGAAUGAAUAUACAGUCAAAGAAUACCCAUCCUCCCUCUUUACCAAUCUUCAUGCUACUCAUAAAGUGGACUUUUCUCUGUUCACUCCUGUGGUUCGCGACGAGGAUCCCCUUUCUGAAGAUCACUUUAAGACCCUUCACAAACGACCAGAACGUCAAGAAAAAGCUGUUCGGAAUGCCGAUAAGAGUCGAGCGCAACAUGAGAGAGAUUCGGUCAUUCGGCUGAUGGAAGGUUUGCAAGGACCAGACUGGUUAAAGACACUGGGGGUCAGUGGUAUCACCGAGGGCAGGAAGAAGGAAUUUGGAUCAGCACGCCAAUACUUUAUAAAAGGGUGCGAAUCUAUUCUUGAAAAGUUUCGGAUCUGGAAAGAUGAUGAGAAGCAAAGAAAGUUGAAAAGGGAACGGGCGAUAGCCGAAGCACAAGCAAGAGCUGAGGCGGAGUCCGAAGAGGAUGAAGAAUCUGAGGAUGAUCUCGAAAGUAACGGCGACCCUCCAGAUCUCAGCGAUAUUGAUGCUUCUGCUGCAAGGCAGUUGCAUGAUGAGGCAAUCGCCAACUCUGCUCCUAGAAGAAGAGCUAGAACAAACUCCGUGCUUACCAUUGCACCUACUGUGGAGAGAGAAUUCAAAUCAUUCUUUGCCAAACCAUAUCUACGCGACGCAGCACUUGGAAAGCAUCGACGUAGUGGUAGAAGCGUUGCUGCCUGGGGUCACCCGGUCCCUGAACUUCCAGAAGAGGCUGAUUUCGACUUGCCUGAAGAUUUCCUUGAUGAGGAAACACUGAGGGCUCAUGCAAGAAAGAAGAGAAGGGACAGAAGAAUCACAAAAGACUGAAGAUGCAGUCCCUGAUGGAUACAAGACUAGGGGGUAUGGGACGAACGUCAAUUUGAAAGUGCUUCAGUUGACUCGUAUGUAAAAUAUGGAGGUUUGGGUAUGCAUAGCACUGGGAAUUGGUCUCAGGGAGUUGAAGUUUCAUGGGGGUUUAACUAUAUUGUAUAAUUUUGUACACUACAUUCUAACUACCUAGAAGGCAAGGUUGUUUAGAUAAUAUCAUAUUAUUGUCUUACGAGAUGUUUCUAAGUUCUCUCGUACUCUUGGUCUGACUGUAAAAUGGUAAAACGGAAAGUUCACAAGCAUAGGUGUUUACUUUAUCUAUUAUCACACCUUAUAUUGUACAACGCCUGAUGCUGAAAGACUUCCACAGAUAGCAUAUC